CUAACUCUAGGAGACUUCUCAGACGUGACUUUGAAGUAAGUCAGGUGGGCUGAAACUAGUCUACAAAAUGAUUAGUCAAACAUCGAACUGAACAGGAGAAACAAUGAAAGUAACUCGAAUUUUCUAACGUGUUUUUUUUUUUAUUUAUUUUUUUUUGGAUAAAGAGAAAUAAUCUAUUGGUCAAGAGUUUUCAAGAGAAUUUUUGUUCAUUUUUUUUAAAGGCAAAGAGAAAGAACAGACUCCAUUUUGGAUCGCUCCAAAGUUCUGACAAUACAAAGUUUGUGAUCUUAAAUAUUGAAAUAGAAUUCUGAAGAAGAAGCUACACUAAAUUGAUAAGAAGCUCCACAAAGAAGUCAAACCGAAUUCAAAGACUCAACCGUGGUCAUUUAAAGAACAACCAAGAGCAGGGUUCAAACCUCUUUUCUUCAUACACGUUUCUGUGUAGAUUAUAUCUAAUGUGGACCCGCUGGUAUGACGUCAGUUCACGCGGCGCUGAGGUCAUCAAGUGAAGGGAUUCUCCUGUUCCAGGAGAUAGUUGUGUUGGUGUGUGCUUUCAUUCACUUUGGCUGGACACCUGGCGUCGUUUAUGCUGCUUCUGGCUGUGCUGAUGGAUCACGAGAGGGUCUCUACUCAUGGGACAACAUUGCAGGAUGUAGUGGCAAGUGGGAAGGACACGUCAACAGCGCCAAUGUACUGUGCGCCCCUGGCUGGAGGGUGUGCACAUCCUUUGACAUAGACAUCCUUCGAAACAUCACAUGGGCUCAAGCCUUGGCCGUUCCAGGAUGUCUGGCCGUCAACGCAGCCCAAGAUGGCGGAAGAUGCCGGGAAUGUCGAGCAGACUUGGAACAUGAUGAUAUGGCAGGUAUUGGACAGGACUGUCCACACAAAGCCAUUGGUCAGAAGUCCUGUAUCUCAGGUGGACGUAUUGACGCCAGUUGUUGCGUGGACUCGCACUUCUACUCAGCCUGUCACUAUCAGCCUGGGGUUACAACAGGUGUGGCUUGUUGCAGGUUGCCAGCUAAAAAACCCAACAUUGUAGUAAAACCACCAGCCAGAAGAAGACUGUACAAAGAGUUGAUUAUUGUCUUAACGUGCCAAGCUACUGGGAUGCCACCACCUAAAGUGCACUGGUAUAAAGAUGGCCGCAUGCUGACCAAAGAAAACCCAAGAAUAAAUAUAUUGUCAUCCGGAGAGCUUUUGGUAACUCCAGCAAGAAAGUCGGACAGUGGUCAGUACAUGUGUGAGGCUAUAAAUGAAGUAGGUCGUGACACUGCUACGUCCUAUGUCCAAGUAACAGAGUAUGCCACUGGAUGUGCCGAUGGCACCACAGACGGCCUCAACCUACACAGAGAUAUUCACGCAUGCGCGGGCACCUGGAGUGGUCACGUGAGACUGGGCAAGGUCCUGUGCAGCAAAGGCUGGCGUGUGUGCAGUCCCAAAGACCAGAAGAGCCUGCAGGAGCUGAGCACUUAUGAAAUCUUUGACUUGCCAGGAUGUUUUGCUUACAACGCUGCCACUGCUGGCAAUAAGUGUCGAAGUUGCAAGUCUAAGAAGAUGUCAGGCGUAGGCAAGGAUUGUGGGACAGUGAGUAUGUCUCAGUCUUCCUGUUUGUCUCAGAGGAGGAUUGAAGUAUUUCCCCCGAACAGAACCUCUUCAUGUGAACACACACCUGGGAUUACAACAGGUGUCCUGUGUUGUAAGAGACCCCAACAAGAGCGAGAAGAGAAUAAAACCAAGUGUGUGCCAGCCUGUCAGAAUGAUGGACUCUGUAUGUCACACAACAGAUGUCACUGUAAAGAUGGGUAUAAAGGAGCGAGGUGUCAAAUCGCCAUCUGCAGGCCACCCUGUGGUAGUAAAGGGGUGUGUAUCAGACCCAACACAUGUCAGUGUAAGCCGGGAUACACAGGCUACUCAUGCAGAAAGAAGGACAACUCGUGCCCAGUGACAUGUCAGAAUGGCGGAUGGUGUCAAAUGGGCAAAUGUAAAUGUCCUUUCAACUUUUAUGGUCAAGCUUGUCAGCACAAUGUACAAGAACAAGAAACAGUUGAACCAGUGAAGGAGAAAUCAACAACUAGAUGAUAUUGCACAAGAAAUAGAGUCUGCAUUCCCCUGUAUGACAAUCUGUGCAUCAUGUGUGAUAAAAGAGAAAAAGGUUUAAAGUUGUAACAAGUAUGCAUACGUUUGCAUAAGUUCAGUGCAAGACAGCCAUUAGGACAGAACUCAAAUGUCAUUCUGUUGAACUCCUGCAAAGAAACUUUGCUUGAAAGUUUAACCCACAGACAAGUUAUGCAACACAUAGUUAGUGCUAACUAACAUAUCGAUAUAUACAGCAGUUAGUCUGUAAUUAUUCAAUGUAAAUAAUUAUACGACUGGGGCUGACAGAAAGGGAAUGCUAAUUUUUUUGUUUGUUUUAGUUUGGUGAAUCUUUUUUCUUUUUCUCCAGCGACCAAUGAACUGUUACAUAUAGCUCAUUAUGUUCAUAAUUUGCAACAAUAUUAUGUUCGAAAUAUAAGAAAUAUAUGCAAAGCCCGUGUCGUCAGGCAAUCAAAUAAAUUUAUGAUAAUGACACUUAUCUGAUUAGGUGAUAUAGAAUUUUAUUCUGUGUUUGAGCUUCAUCAUUAUUACUUCCCUUGGUCUUAUUUUGUUAAAUGUGAAAUGUAUUUUUAGCGAACCCCGAAAGGGCAAUAACUUUUAUUAGUUUUGUGUGUUCUGUUUGUCCAUCACUUCUAGAUACCAAAAAAACAUAAAAAAAUAAUGACAAGAUGAUUUCA